GAAUGAUUAGAAAACCGCGUCAAGUAUCUUCUUCUUCUUCUGGAAUCUCUUUCUAGUUUUCACACUAUCAAUGGCGAAUUCAACAAUUGGAUCUACUCUCAAAGCUUACGCUCUCCCUUUGAUUCUUUUUGCUGUUUUUAUCAUCUGUCAGCUAUUCGUCACUCCUAGAUGGUUUCCUCCUUCCCACUACGACGUUUUGAGAAUUCCAAGGGACAGCUCCAUUGAAGAAGUAACAAAUGCAUACAAGAAACUCUCUGCUAACUGGAGUACAGACAGUGAAAUUGUUCAUGUGACUGAGGUUUUGAAGAUCAGAUAUGCUUUCGAAUUGCUUUCGAGUCCAUUGUGGAAGAGGGACUAUGAUAACUUCGGCAUUGAUGAACAAAGUCAUGUUGUUGGAAAUCUCAAGGAGGAAUAUGUUGGGGCCAACAUAUCUAAGCUAGUAGAACAUCCACUGAUUGAGGCAGUUAUAUUUGGUCCAGAACAUACGUUUAAUGUUAUUACAACUGAGAACUUUAUGUCCAUGUUUGAUGACACAAAGGCAUUGGUAAUUCAGGUAUUUUCAUUUGGUAGCAGUCGAUGUGCAAAUUUCGCCAAUAGUUGGAGAAGAGUUGCUGCUUUAUUGGACGGAGUAGCAAAUGUUGGAAUGGUUGAGCUUGGAGAACUUCAACUCGCCAAGAAUCUUGCUGUGAGUUCAUUUGCAGGGCAAUCUACCUUUCCAGAUGGCUUGCCAGCAAUUGUUGCAUUUCCACCAGGAUGCCAAACUGUAAAUUGCCUUUCAAGGUAUGAAGGAGAUCUUUCUGUUGAUGCCGUCACUGAUUGGGUUGCAAGCACUGUUCUUGGUUUUCCUCGCAUCCUAUACUAUUCUAAAGAUACACUGACACAACGUUUUCUGGCAAAGGCUAGUCCUCAUAAGGUAAAAGUUAUUUUCUUCUCAAAUACCGGGGAACGUGCUACUCCAUUUACGCGUCAAGCUGCUAGAGACUAUCACAAUUACGCCUCUUUUGCUUUUGUCUUGUGGCAAGAAGAACAAUUAUCCUUCUGGUUUAACAUGUUUGGGGUUGAAUCAGCACCCGCAACUGUUAUUUUGAAAGACCCUGGUGUAAAACCCAUUAUAUAUUACGGACCUGCCAAUAAUUCGUGGUUUCAGACGAUCAUGGAAGCUAACAAGCAUCAAGAGCUCCCUCAAUUGCGGAGCCUGACAUCCAUGGAGUUGGGUUGUGAUGCUCGUGGAGAUUCUCGAGCUGGACAAGAUAUUACAAUAUGGUAUUGCCUCAUUCUAGCUGGGAGGCUUAGUCCGGAGCUCAGCGAAAUGCGUGCAACUUUACGCAGAAUGCGUGAUAUCUUGCUGAAUGAAGGCGAAGAAUACAACGAGGGAGAUAAAGAUGAGUUUCAUUCGUCUAAAGCAGCUAUUUCGCUGAGAGACAAACGGUUGACAUUUACUUGGCUCGAUGGAGAAGCACAAAACCGGAGAUGUUUUUUCUAUGUCCAGACGGAAAAGAGUUACGAAACAUGUGGGCGUAGGAUGGAUAUAAUCGAUGAGCCGAGGCUAGUCAUUGCACGUUUCGAAAGAAAUAUUACAUUCGAAGAAACAUUGGACCUCGAGAAGAAGAAAACGCCAAAAAACAUAUUGGAAGCUCUUCAAAAUGACGAUGAUAUCCAUCGAGCAUCCCAACUUGUUGCGUUGUACAAUGGCUCAUACGAGAUUCCAGAGAUCAUCAAAUGGGUAUCUGGAAUAAUUGAGGAUGGUGACACCAAAAGCUUACCUUUCUUCAGGUCGAGAACUCCAGAGCUUGUUCCAGAAGAUGCUGAUCCUAUGUGGUCAAAAGGUGCGAAAAAUGUUAUUUCUGCAAGCACUUCAAUGAAAUCGAAGAUCCGAGGAAUCGCCAAUACGUUUCUGGGUGAUCCUAGAAUUGCCCCUAUCUUGCUUUUGGUUGCAUUGUUGUCUUUCGGUAAGAUCUGGCUGCAGAGGAACCAAUCAGUUCCUCUUAGCCAGUCAAAUGAUGAAACCCCAACUGCAGAAAAGGAAGAAAUCAAAACAGAUAUGAGAGCCGAGAAAAGAAGCUUACGAAGAAGAAAAAACGAGCAAAACCAAGAAUCUGAUGCCGAUUCUUAACCAUAAUCGUAUCCAUUUUGCCUCCGGUUUCAACCAUAAAUUCAUUUUUAGAGCUUUAUAUUUGUAUAAAUUAAGAAAUGGGCUAUGACUUUGAUCUAGUGAUAGCUUUCUUAUCUUAAACAAAUGUGUUAGUUGGUUAAGUUAAUUAGUGUUGAUUACGCCCUAAUGUUUUAAAAACAAAAUAAUGUCAUUUUAAAAUACAUAUUUAAUUUUUGUCUUUUAUUUUCCUAA